GGCCCGAGCUCGACCCGAACGCCGGCCGAAGUGGCACAGGGAAAUUCCAGCGAAGGAAGGAAGGCUGCCGGGCGGGCGGGCUUCGCAGGCAGAGCGCUGAGCGCGCCAUGGCGAACAGUGAAGUUAGUGCAUGGCAUGAGAGAACACGUCCCUGCGUACCGUCGGUGAGGAGGCAGCGCUGAGAUGGUCUACCCGGCAGUUCUUCGCAACUAUUCUGAAUGCUGAAUACAGCCGAAAUGUGGUGUGAUGUUCAGACCCCGGUAAUGAUGGGACUCCAGGCCACCGCCACCAAACGGAAACUCGAGGACGGCGGGGGUGGUGCCGACGCCGAGGACGGCGACUGGGCGCCGCGGCCGCAAGCCAAGGUGGUCCGGACGGAGGCCCCCGACGCCGACGACUGGGGCGUGGACUCAACGUCCGCCGCCCUGGCGACGUCGCUCCUGUCUGACACGGCGGACGAUAGCGAUGAGGAGGACGAGGAGGACGACGUGGAGGAGGGCGACGAGGCCUACCUACCCGCGGGGAGGAGCUACCAGAUGGGCUACACGACGGCCCCGCAGUACGACCAGGGCUACCAGUACCGCUACCACCGCGCCAAUGGGUACUGGGGGCCUGGUCCCGGCCCUCAGCCAUCGCCCCCGGCACCGGCGGGGUACUACCGCCAGGACGUGGUGACCGUGCACGGCCCCAACGCGGUGCCGCCCCCGCCCCAGACGCCGCCGCCGCAACCCGUGGCGCCCGGCCCGCAGCAGCAGCAGACCAUUCGGUGUGACGAGAAUGGCAAAUCGUACCUGGACCUAGGCAGCAGUUACCCUGUGAAUAGUGUCAACCACGUGAACCAAAUGGCCAAGUGUUGUGACGGCAGUCGGACUAGUUGGUGCUCGCGGGGGCCGGGCCCGGGUGGACCGGGCUCGUGCUACCGCCAGCGACGCCUGGCCGUGCUCAACCUGUCCAUGUGCAAGCUGGGUCGCUACCGCCAGUUUUCUGACCCUUCCCUCCGCCGCUCCGUGCUCAUCUGCAACACGCUGCGGCUGCUGGAGCGCGAGAUGGAGCAGGACGGCUGCUUCUUCAACUCGCCGGCGCAGGCUGCGCAGCCUGCGCAGCACGGCGGCAUGGGCAACGCGGGCAACGCGCGGGAGCAGUGCGGUCCGUGCCCGCAGGCCGCCAGCCCCGUGCAGCACAACGCCAACCAGCCCCAGCAGCCCCAGCAACCCCAGGCCGUGGUGGCGGGCCCCGGGCCGCUGCCGCCCCACGCCUACCACCAGCAGUUUGUGGAGGCGCCCCUCGGCGUGCCCGGCAACGGCCACGGCUACCCCCCCGCCACGCCGUACCGGGUGCCUGAGCCCACGGCGUACGAGCAGAACUUCCGAGAGCUGACCACCCUGACCGCCCCCCUGCGGCCAACGCCCUUCCCCAGUCCGGCCCAUCCGGGCUGCGACAGUGAUUCUGGCCUCGGCGACGACGACACGACCCGCGGCAUCAACUGGGGCUCGGUGCUGUCGCUGUCCUCGCAGUCAGAUCUGGACCCGCUCAACAACAACGAGCUCUUCCCCGCGUCGCCGACGCCCUCCCCCUCCCCGCCCUCCCCCGCGUCCUCGGGCCACUCCAACUCCGACUCGCUGGGGCUCCUCGGUGACGAGGACCUCGGCCACGAGUUCGACGAUUUCUUGCCGUCGUGGAAGCUGACCCCGCUGAGUGCGGACGACUUGCUGAAGAGCGUCCCCUGUGGGCCUUGCGGACCCUGUGCACCUGUCGCCAAUGUGAACCACGCUGGCGAGGGCGAACUAGACUCUUUAAUGCAUGUCCUCGUGGGCACGUAGGAGCGGCUGCAUUCGGGCCAACGCCCAAAACACUCUUUAAAACAAAGUACCUGCUUUUUUUUCUAUAAAAUCAAAUUCCAACCUUAUUGUUUCAUAGUAAAGGAUGUUCUAAUUUUCUUUCUCGUUUCUAGAUUUUUAAGAAUUAAUGUUGUUGAGCUGCGCUACCUGUCAGUGAAAGCAAAGUCGUCUUGUUAAGUGCAGAGGUUGUGAGGGGGGAUGCCCCAACUUGUUAAACAUACUCAUACUGGACUGACUUUUAUCUUGCCGGGUAUAUGUUUUUAAUUUGUUGUGUUGAUCAUACUUCACAACAUGCCUGUAUUUGGGAGGAAGUCCAUGAUAUAUGUGAUUUGCGUGGUCUCAGAAAUAUUUUGGGAUUGAAGUGAUCUUGCCUUGUAUUGUUGCCUUCUAUUUGAAUUUAUUUAAUUUUCUGGUACCUGAAGAAAAAUGUAGAAAAGCUUUGAGACAAUGUUCAUAGCCACUGCAUUCUCUUCUGCAGCUCUUAUCAUAUUAUUUGACUGAUCAGUUUUCAUACCGCUUGCAGAAUAUUUUGAUAUGUCUUAAUUUGUUUUUAAGCUUUUGAAGAAGUCACAGUCUUUUCCUCUAAGGAAAAACUGAUCACUCAAAAGUCUGCUGUGCGCUCAAUCAUUCUCUUAAGUUUAAAUUAUCUCACUCACUGGCUUAUGUUUUUCUUGUUUAGUUAAGGAUUGAAUGCCAUGGAAGUUACUGUUGAGGCCAUAUGGCAAUCAGACAUUAAUAUUUUAAUUUGCACUCUCCAAAAUUAUUUUGUAUACCCAAAAGUACAGUAACAUGUAAGAAGUGAGACUAUAUUUUUUUUAAAAAGGCAAACUGGACGUAACUCAUGUAGGAGAAAUCGAAUGUUCAGUGUUUGUUGGCCAACAGCUGGCAGUGGUAUAUUUGUGGAAACCAAUGAUUUAAUCUUUACAAGUUCCCUCAUUUACUUUGCUGCUGUUUCAACCACAAAUUUUUAUUUACAGUUUCAGUUUUUCUUUCAUUUGCUCUCUGUGAGUAAAGAAAGGGCAGUUCUUCUUGGUUUGAAACUAACUAAAUUAGUAAUGGCUAAAUUCUACCAAAUAUUUCUGCAAGUAGGAGUGAUGCAUCAGCAAUGGAUAUGGAUUACUUAAUUGGAAAUCACUUAUGAUCUCAUUUACAUGAAAUGACGUAACUUAAAUCUAUUGAACUACAAUUGUGUCCAUUCUUAUACUCAUUUUUUGUUGUUGUUUACUUAAUUUUAAAUCAUUCACAUAUUAGGCGCAGCAAAGAUAUAAUAAGUUUCCUGUGACCUCAAAAUAUGUCCCAGGUAACAUUUACUUACCAAGCCAUUGUGAUGACUUAUUUACUUCUGAUUUCAAAAUCAAUGGUUGUGGAAUGUCCCUUUCAUUUGUAGGUAAAACAAACAAAACGGUUCUUUGUGUUCUUGGAGUAGCUCUAUGUAAAUAGUUGUGUUAUAUAUAUUAUUUAUAUAUAUACACACACAUAUAUUAAAAACAUAAAUAUAUAUAUAAUUAUAUGUUAUAGUUGAAGUUUUUUGUGCGGAGACUAGCGAUGUGCUUAGUGUUUAGAGUUGAUGCCCAAAGCAUCCAUACGGUGCCCUUGUAUGCUAUACUAUUUAUGUCAUUUUCUUUGUGUUCGAAGAAAGAAAUUCAAAAUCUAAUCCUUUUUUCAGUCAGUAAUCUUUAUGAAGGCUCAUGUCAAAGCAUACAAUGUUGGCUCAAGUCAGUACCGCCGUAUUGUACUUCUAGUCCUUUCGCGCGCCGGUCUCCGUACUCAAAGAACACAAAGAACCGGUCCUUGUAGCCCACACUUAAAAGCGUCCGUGGUUGUUUCACUAAAAAAAAUAUCGUAUUUCGGUAUUUAUUGUUUUAGCUCAGGAUAUAUACGUCAUAUUUUAAUUGUCAUGAAUAGGUUUAUGACGUUUAUAGUGUUCUCAUGACAGAUCGAUGCAGUUCAUUUCUCCAAUAGUUCAAAUGUGGUUGAAAACCGGCCAUAGUCUAAAGCUAUUAGUGUCAAGCAUCUGUUUUUCUUUAUCUCGGUGUUUGUGUGUUCGGUCAUAGCAAUAGGUAACAACAGUUUGCAAAGUGCAUUCACUGGCUGUGAUGUCAAAAGGGAUGUAGUGUGUAAGUGCUAAGGGAGGAAUUUGUAGAGUACUAAUUAUGCAUUCUUGUGCCAUAAACAAAUAAGCAAGAAGAACAGCCUUCUUCGUGCUCAAUUAGUUCUUGCUCGCCGAGACAUGACACUAACACUGUCAUUAGUGGAUUUUAAAUCAUGAUUCAAAUUGUGUAUGGUUCUUGUGAUUGAUAGGUGCAAUGCUGAUGAAAUUUUUUGUGGAUUCAGAUUGGCGUUUCCUCAGGAAGUAUUUGGUUUCAUUAAGUGCUUUCUCUGCACUGUCAAUACCAAUUUUGUCACAGCUGUUUAAAGCCUCAGUUGGGUUCAAGUAUUGUCUCUUAUCAGAUUUUGUCUUAUUAACUGAAAAAUUUGCCUCUAUUGUGAUGCGACAUAAAUUACCAUAGUGUUGAACCAUAGCCAAUUGGGAAUCAUGGACAGCAUUUGCAGUUGGAGAAAUGAAGUGUUUGUUAGUGGGUGUCAGCCUUCCAACACGGUGGUCGUGAGCGAUACAGAUUUUGCUGUGAUACUUGUGUUGUACAAUUAAUUAUUAAUUUGUAAAGAAAUAGUAAUGUCAAUAAAUUUCUAUGAUAGGUGUGAAUGGGAGAUGAGAUGUGUGUGUGUGUGAGACUAGGAGAGAAUGAUGUUGCAAUAAUUAUCCAUAUUAUUGAGUAGAGAAAUUUUUAUUAACAUUCUGAUUAUUAGAUGAUUUACCAGUAAGUACACUGCUGAGUAUUGAAUCAAUAAACUGAACCAAGUUUCUGUAAAACUGA